AUGCAGAGCAACAAUCAAGAAGAGUCAGUUCCUGACAACUCUUCCCCUAACCUCCACGAAUUACCUCCAGAGGAUGAGGAACGGUUCGAAAGGUUGUUUAACACCCUGGACAAAAACGGGAACGGCAGAAUUGAUAUCCAUGACUUAUCCUAUGCUCUCAGAGAACACGGGGUCCACCACGGAUAUGCGGAGAAAUUUCUUAAAAGUACCAAAAGCAAGAGCGGUGAACUUUCAUUGGCAGAUUUCAUUUAUUAUGUUCGAGAGCACGAAAAAAAUUUGAGGCUGCAUUUCUCUCAUUUAGACAAAAAUAAAGAUGGUAAAAUUGAUUUGGAUGAGCUCAUUAAGGCAUUCAGUGAUUUGGGCAUACCGCUGGAAAGAGGGGAAGCGAAGAAUCUACUGCAGAGGUAA